AUGUUCCCGGUUUGGGGCAUGAACGUUUUCGGCGAGGAGCAAAUAGAUUGGAAGAGUAACCUAUGUGGAUUUAUGUUUUCCCGGAGUCGGAAAGGAGCUGAGGAGAAGAGCGGACACGUGUUGCUAUCAGGAGGCCCGAGUGAAGAGGGAAGAGAGGCAGCAGCCAAACAGCAGAGCCCCAACAUGAGCGUCCAUCACACUCUGCUCUGCCUCUUCUUCCUCUCUCUGCAGGCAGCAAACAGCUCUUCUGCUCAUGGACUGGAGCUUUUCUAUGGACACGUUGGAGGAGACGUCACCAUGGAGUGCAGCUUCUCUACAUCUAGAUGGAGUGAGCUGUCAUUCUGCAGAGAAAACUGUGAUGAAAGAAACAUGCUCAUCCAGACAAACUACAACACAGCCGAUUGGGGACGAUACAGGAUCCAGUACAGUAAGAAAGUUCUGUCGGUGAGCAUCUCAGGUCUGACCCGGUACGACUCAGGACGCUACCGCUGUGCUGUGGGCAGAGUUUCACACACAGAUGUGGAGCUGGUUGUAGCUGAAGCUCUGCUGGAAAAAAGCCAACAAGAACCCUUCAACAUAGAAGUUGGAAGCUCUCUGACAGUUGGAUGCGGCUUUCAAGUAUCUGGAAGCAAGAAGUUGUUCUGCAGAGGAGACUGUUCGAACGGAGAGAUUCUUGUCCAGACAGAUGGUGUCAGAGCUGAAAAGGGCAGAUACAGGAUUGGAUAUGUGAAUGGAAAGUAUUUGGGAGGAUAUCUGUAUGUGAGCAUCACACAGCUGAACCAGUCUGACUCAGGACGGUACAGAUGUUAUAUGGACAGGAUUGGACCUGAUGGAUCCAUUGAAUUUAGCAUCCAGGUCUCAGCUGCAGCUCCAACAGCUUAUAAAUCAACAUAUGUCCCAGCAAUUUCCACUCCAACAGCCACUCAGAGCUGGAGCUCCAGCUCAGGGAGCUCCAAACCUCCAGCUUCCUCUCACUCUGCUGAGCCUCCUCAGCAGGAAGGAGCAGCAUCUAAAGAUCGCUGUGAGCAAACAGAGUAUGAGAGCAUCAACGAGGAUGAGAGGGGGAAUCAACAGACAACUCCUCCAGUGCAGAUCUCCACUAUUUACAGCUGCGCCUCCUUCACCAACCUGCAAGGAGCUGAUGACUACAGCCUCCUCUCAGCCCACAACGCUCAGCCAGAAGCUGCAGCCGGCACACCUAAGCCCAUCUACGCAGCAGUGGAUUUGUCCAGCAGGGGCCCCCACCCCGCGGUCAGAGUUCCCAGCGGGGACCCAGACGUGGUGUACUCUGUUCCCCGGCUGCGCGGGAGCUCAGCGCCGCGGCGAGCCUCCGAUGAGUGUCUGUACUCCAACGUGAGGUAG